UUGAGAAGGUAGGAAUCAACCACGGUUUAGUUACACUGAGCAAGCGCUUUUGGAAGCCCAAAUGCUAAAUUUCAAAAAUUGAUACAUAUAUGUCAUAGCAAUGGUAUAGAAUUUUUUAGUCCGUCCAUUUUCUUCAAUGUUGAAGCAUUCUAGUUCAACUUUUGUUCAUAUCCCAGAUUUCUAUUACUUUCGUUGUAUCAUUUCCAGCACAGGUUUAAGGCAUUUUACCUAUGGCGAGAAACCUUCAGCUAAACCGCUCCCAAGGGGCGGGAUCAAUGCCCCCUCCCACCCCACCCCAUAGAGGUCCGCGCCGCCUUACGAGAAGUUUGCCUGCAGAGUCUCGGCAUCGUCCAGAACCGCCUCCGGGAUUAUUGGACGCAUUCCUUCCAGCCAAGGCGAUUGAGAUCCCUCCUUCGGCCGAUGAGGAACACCUUUUCGAGGCAUACAUUAUUCACCUCCCGCCGGUACCCGAACCACCAUGUUGGCUCCCAGGUAGCAGUUUCGGGCGGAAUGACCACGGUAGAGAUGGCGGGUUGCAACUCCGCGAUACCAGAAGCCUCGACAAAACGUUCCCAUUUCCGUUGGAGGACUUUGAUUUUCACGAGCUAGAAAGGAUACCAGACAAACAACUCGCGAAAAUCAUUACCGAUAAGAGCCGAGCCCCAGUGAUAUCCUUUAGACACGAUACUCGGAAUACUAUAUCGCGUAUUUCCCACAAUCUGGUGGCUAAAUGGGGACCCGGCGUCACUCAGGUGGAGGCAGACAUGAUGUGGCUCAUCCAAGGGAUGCGGGUGAUGAGGAACCACGUCCCCAGAAUACAUAGAGUAUUUCGAGACGAGCUCACCGGCUACCUAUUCAUCAUCAUGGACUACAUCAGCGGUGAUACCUUUGUCGACGUCUGGAAUGGCGACUCUUUGAGAAAGAGAACCCAUGCUGUGUUAGAUAUCACGCAGGUGGUGGGGUACAUGCAAAAGGAAACCUCUCGAUUCCCUGGCCCAGUGGGAAUGAACCGCCUUCAGGCACUAGUGCAUGGGGAUUUCCCUGCUCCAUUCCGUAUGGAUGGUCUAGAAUACGAGCAAUAUUUAAACACACUCGUCGACAAGAUCAACAAGUUGCGACCAGCACAUGACCGCGCCAAAUACAUGAAAUUCGAUCGAAGCGACAAAUUCAUCUUGACGAAUUCACACUUGGAUCCAACUAGCUUUAUUAUCGACGAUAAAGGUAUCCCUUGGAUCGUCGGCUGGGGGAAGAGUUGCUAUUCUUCGGCUGAUUGUGAGCUUGCCCUAGCCGAGCGUUGUUUCCCGCUAAAGUACAUCACCUUUGUUUUGGCGCUUGUAAACAGAGUGGCACAUAACGAAAAGAAUAGGCGGGCCAUACUGGAGAUUGCAGCAUUCAUCGAGGGAGAUCCUCAUGGGUUAAUACGGCCCUAGAUGCAUCUUUUAGUUUUACUAAAUGCUGGAUUAGAUGGAAGAUUAAGCGUGAAUAUAGUACCUAAGUAUGGAAUCAAUCGCUUAGGAGGGUAGCCAUGCCCUAGCAUGGCCAUAUUGGUAUUUGUCUCCCUAUUCUGUACGCUUUAGCAGUUAAAUUAGACAGCGGGUUGCUUGCUUAUAUCAUCAAGGAUGUCCUUGUUCGAUACGGAUGACCACGUUAGUGCAGUGCUUACAGCGUUAUAUA